UCGCGUUGGUCGCUAGGAAAUUUGGAGUCUGGGAAAGCUUUGGGAUGGUGUGGGACGUGCGUGGGAGGCGAAGAAUUCAUCGUCCCAUGUCAAGCCUUUAUAACAUGGCGCAUAUCCUUCCCUCGAUGCCGAUCAGUUCUUGAAACUUUCUCCUACCACUGAUGACAUAGGCGCUUUGGGCAUAUCGCUGUGUUUUCCCCUUCCAAAAUGGCCACUGACAAGCCUCCCACCACUACCGGGGUCAGCGAGGAUCCGAUCUCUUUGGAUCCCGAUACUCCUCAGCAGCCUGUCGAGGAUGAUCAGGAUAAGCAGGAUGGUGUUCGUGUCGCUGAAGCAGUUACUGCUUCUUGGUCGAAGAAAUCUCUGAUUAUUACUUAUGCCUCCAUGUGGCUUCUGUACUUCGUCAAUGGAUUGAACAGCAGCUUGACCGCGAACCUUUCCGCGUAUAUCACCAGUGACUUUUCGGAGCACUCGUUGCUCACUGUCAUCACUGUCAUUACCAGUGUCAUGGGUGCUGCUUGUGUCAUGCCUAUCGCCAAGGUGCUGAACUUGUGGGAUCGUACUUUGGGUGUCUGCAUCAUGGUGUUGAUUGCUAUCAUGGGCUUGAUUAUGAUGGCUGGCUGCAACAACAUUGCUACGUACUGUGCUGCUCAGGCAUUCUACACUGUCGGUUUCACCGGUGUCAUCUUCUGUGUCGAUGUGAUGACCUCCGAUACAUCCUCGCUCCGCAAUCGAGGUAUCGCCUACGCCUUCACCUCCUCACCCUACAUUAUCACUGCCUUUGCCGGCUCUCCCCUCUCCAACCAAUUCCACGAGACCAACUGGCGCUGGGCCUACGGAACCAUUUGCAUCAUCCUCCCGAUCGUCGCAAUGCCUCUAGUCAUAACCUGGGAACUGGCGAAGCGCAAGGCAGACAAGGAGGGACGCCUGGAAUACAAGCCGCGAAGCACUCGCACCUGGUGGCAGAGCACCUGGUUCUACAUCAUCGAAUUUGACAUCAUCGGCAUCUUCUUCAUGAUCGGCGGACUCAUCCUCUUUCUCACCUCGUUCAACAUCGCCGGCAACACCGAAGGCGAAUGGAAAUCCGCCAAGAUUAUCGCAAUGAUGGUCGUCGGCUUCUUCGUCCUCGUCGGCUUCGUCGCCUACGAACGCUGGGGUGCCCCCAAGCCCUUCAUCCCCUACCACCUUAUCGCCAACCGCACUGUCAUCGGCGCCUGCCUCCUGGAUAUUACCUACCAAGUCUCCUACUACUGCUGGGCCAGCUACUUCACAUCCUUCCUGCAAGUAGUCUACAACACCAGCCUCACCCAAGCCGGAUACAUCGCUGCUAUCUUCGACCUCAUGGACCCCAUCUGGCUGAUCGGCUGCGGAUACCUGAUCCGCGUCACCGGCCGCUUCAAGUGGCUGCUCAUGUGGGCUGUCCCGCUCUACCUUCUGGCCAGCGGCUUGAUGAUCUACUUCCGCCAGCCCGGCUUCAACAUCGGAUACAUGUGCAUGUGUCAGAUCUUCCUGGCUGUUGGUGGUGGUACCUUGAUUCUUAUUGAGCAGGUUGCUGUCCUGGCGGCAUCUAGACAUGAAGAUUAUGCUGCUAUGCUGGCGUUGCUGAGCACAUUCGGUAACCUUGGUGGUGCUGUCGGUGCUAGUGUCUCUGGUGCUAUUUGGACUAAUACCCUUCCUCAGAAGCUGAGGGAGCUGUUGCCCGCUGAGACCAAGGAUCAGUGGGAGGAGAUUUAUGAGUCGUUGGAUGUGCAAUUGAGUUAUCCGGUGGGGUCUGAGACGAGAAUUGCGAUUCAGAAUGCUUAUGCUUGGAGUCAGCGGAACAUGAUGAUUGCGGGUACGGCGGUCAUGGUGCUGUCGAUUGCGUGGGUGUUGAUGAUGAAGAAUAUUAAGAUUAAGGAUAAUAAGGAUGUGAGGCAGGUCCUGUUUUAGAUGGGUUGGUAAAAAGGGGUUUUGUAUAUAAUGUGUUUGGGGUCGGGGAUUGCUUUUCUUGACCUGUGAUGUUAAUUUUGAGUUGUUUUUGUUAUAUUGAGGCAUGCAUAGUUAAAACUUAUUAAUACACGAGCUUGACUGGG